AUGUGGAUCAGCUUCUUCAGACUGCGGCUGUCCUGCUGUCUGCUCGCAGCGCUGAUGGUGGUGGCGCUGGUCAUCAGUGUCACUCAGGUGGAGUACUUGGACCACGAGACCGCUUCAGCCACGUUCAUAGACAGCGCUGGGCAGUCCGCGUCCUCCCAGGUGGUGAGAGCCAGCCGGAAUCCUUACUGCGGCUAUGAGCGCCAGGCCCUGUCCAGCCGGGAGCGCCUGGAGGAGGACUCCUUGCUGGCCGCCCUGCAGUGGCAGGAGCCGGACGUGGGCCCAGUCCCCUUUCUGAAGAGCACCGAUCCUUCUUCCAGCUAUUUUGUCAUCUUGAACUCUGCAGCCUUCUUCAGGGUGGGAAGCCAGCUAGAGGUGCUGGUUCAUGUGCAGGAUUUUCAAAGAAAGCCCAAGAAAUAUGGCGGAGACUACCUGCAGGCCAGAAUCCACUCCCCUAGGCUCCAGGCCGGGGCCGUGGGCAGAGUGGUGGACUACCAGAACGGGUUUUACAAGGUCUUUUUCACUCUGCUCUGGCCAGGUCAAGUUAAAGUGUCCAUAUCUCUGGUCCACCCCAGUGAAGGGAUCCGAGUUCUUCAGAACCUGCAGGAAAAGAAACCAGAUAGGGUCUAUUUCAAGAGCCUCUUCCGGUCAGGGAGGAUUUCUGAAACUACGGAGUGUAACGUGUGUCUUCCUGGGAGUCUUCCGCUCUGCAACUUCACAGACCUCUACACUGGCGAACCCUGGUUCUGCGUCAAACCAAAGAAGCUCCCUUGCAGCAGCAGAAUUAACCAUUUCAAAGGUGGAUACCUGAAGGGCCUCCUCACUGCUCCAGAGAAUGCUUUCUUCCAGAGUGGUGUCAAUAUCAAAAUGCCAAUCAACUCCAGUGGACCUGAUUGGGUGACUGUGAUCCCCAGGAAUGUAAAAGAAACCAACAGCCUAGGACUAUCUCAAGGUUUAGGAACUUUUCCUUCUGGUUAUUAUUACAAAGAUCAGUGGAGGCCCAGGAGGUUUAAGAUGCGCCAGUUUAAUGACCCUGACAACAUUACAGAAUGCUUACAGAGAAAAGUGGUGCAUUUCUUUGGUGACUCGACAAUCAGACAGUGGUUUGAAUACCUCACUACAUUUGUUCCAGAUUUAGUGGAGUUUAACUUGGGUAGCCCCAAGAAUGUGGGUCCUUUCCUGGCAGUGGACCAGAAGCACAACAUCCUGCUCAAAUACCGCUGCCACGGCCCACCCAUCCGCUUCACGACCGUCUUUAGCAGUGACCUCCGUUAUGUGGCCAAUGAGCUGAAUGGCAUCGUGGGAGGGAAGAACACAGUGGUCGCCAUAGCCGUGUGGUCUCAUUUCAGCACCUUCCCCUUGGAAGUGUAUAUCCGGCGGCUCAGGAACAUCCGUCGGGCUGUGGUCCAGCUCCUGGACCGAAGCCCUAAGACUGUGGUGGUCAUCCGGACAGCCAAUGUCCAAGAGCUGGGGCCUGAGGUUAGCCUUUUCAACAGCGAUUGGUAUAACUUGCAGCUGGACACCAUCCUUCGGAAGAUGUUCUCAGGGGUUGGAGUAUAUCUUGUUGAUGCCUGGGAGAUGACCCUGGCCCAUUAUCUGCCCCACAAGUUACAUCCAGAUGAAGUCAUUGUGAAGAACCAAGUGGACAUGUUCUUGACCUUUGUGUGCCCCUUGGAGACCUAG